GAAGAGGAGGUGCAGCAGAUCCUGUCUGAGACCAGAGAGAAGAUCCUACAGUACAAGAGUAAGAUCAGCGAUGAGAUGGACCUGAAGAGGCGGAUCCAGUCUCUGGAGGAGUCCAUGGAGCUCCACGAGAGGAUGAAGAGGCAGGCGCUGGCCGAGUUCGAGAGCUACCGUCAGAGGGUGGAGGACAUGCAGCUGUGCACCGACGCUCAGCACACGCAGCGAGUGGUUUCCAUGUCGAGGGAGGUGGAGGAGAUGAGGCGGUCCUUCGAGGAGAAGCUGCGUACGUUCAGCCAGGCCCAGUCCCAGUUCGAGCAGGAGAAGAAGGUGGCCCUGGAGGAGCUGAAGGCCCAGCACCGCCAGGAGAUCCAGGAGCUCCUGCGCAGCCACCAGAGCCAGAAGCCAACUACAGCAAAGACCAGGAGAAACUGGGACAGCUGCACAAAGCCGAGGUAA